GCCGCCGCCACUGCCACCGCCAUGGGAGCCGUCACCGACGAUGAAGUUAUCCGCAAAAGACUUUUGAUUGAUGGUGAUGGUGCCGGAGAUGACAGAAGAAUUAACUUGUUGGUAAAGAGUUUUGUGAAAUGGUGCAACUCCGGUUCCCAAGAGGAAGGAUACAGCCAGUACCAGCGCAUGCUGAGCAGCUUGUCUCAAUGUGAAUAUUCCAUGGGAAAAACGCUCCUAGUGCAUGAUAUGAAUCUGCGGGAAAUGGAGAACUAUGAAAAAAUUUAUGUUGAUAUAGAGAGUAGUAUCGCUGCGGCACAUGAGAAAAUUGCAGAGUGCAAAAAACAGAUCUUGCAAGCCAAGCGAAUAAGGAAGAAUCGCCAAGAAUAUGAUGCAUUAGCCAAAGUGAUUGAGCAACAUCCAGACAGGCACGAAACUCUAAAGCAGCUGGAAGCUUUAGAUAAAGAGCUGAAACAGCUGUCGCACACUAAAGAAAAUGCAGAAGACAAGCUGGAAUUACGCAGGAAGCAGUUCCACGUUCUUCUCAGUACCAUUCAUGAGCUUCAACAGACUCUGGAAAAUGAUGACAAACUUGCGGAAGAAUCUCAGGAGUCACCGAUGGAAACUCAAAAUCCAUAGAAGGGACAUUGUAGCCUUUAUUCUGCCUCAUUAGCUGGAUAUAGGAGGGAUAAAAUGGGUUUUAUACAUAGUUGUAGCAUUGCUCUGAGAUUUCUAUGGAACAGCUUUAUGUACAUUCAUUUACAGAUGCAGUGCUGGUUAUACUUUAUAGCUUAUUGAAAUGUUGUUUCAUUAUUGAAGGUGAGAGGCCAUUGUGUGUGAGUGAAUACAUUGGAAACUAUUAUAUGCAAUAAAAUCUUUUUUUUUUUUCUUA